AUGGCGGCAAAACCAGGGUGGGAAGUGGAGGAAGUUGCGUGUGCCAGUAAACAGCAUGUGCAUGGUUUCUCCACUGCUGUAGUCCGACUGGAGAAGUUAUUACUAUUUAAGAGCAAAUUGGUGGACGAGGUCAGGCAGCACAUUAGUGAUGCAGACGGUGUGAGUGAAGAGCUCAAAAGGUAUGUAGUUGAAUACAGCAUCCUACAUCCGGGUAGUGACGACCUCGCCUACCAUGCCCAUCACCCUGUGGGAGCGUACCGUCUGGUGAAGCGGCUGUCUCACACCGACUCCAGCAUUCUCAAACACGCUCAGCUUCUCACCGGCCUGGUACAGGAUGAAGAUGAAGGCACAACUGUGCUUCCGACAGAGGAGGACAUGAGGAUGUCUGCGCUUGCGCUGAUCAGGCUGCAGGAUAUCUACCACCUGGACAUGCGCAGUCUGACGCGGGGGCAGCUGGUGAUGAUGUCACGUCAGAGUGACGGUACUGUGGUGAAACAGAAGACAGUCACCCGUGCAGAACCCAGGUUUACACUUGGAGCGGAGGAUACAGUUUACAUAGGGGACGUGGCUUAUGAUAAUGAGGAGUAUCUGAACGCCGUGCUGUGGUAUCUCGGCACCCUGGAUCUGAUGGGACGAGCGGAUAUCGUUACCGAUCACACCGAUGACUCAGGUCCAGGGAGAGUGCGCGUUCUGAUGAAACUAGGAGAUGCCCUCACAAAGCUGAAGCAACACCAAAGCGCCUUGUCCUUCUACAAAGACGCUCUGCAUCUUGAGCCUGACAACCAGCUGAUUAAGUCGCAUGUGUCGGAAGCAGAGCGACAAGUCACGCUACAAGGUAACGUCACCGUUAAGGUGGCGAAAGUGCUGGAAGGUUCCAUACCUUAUCAGGAGGAGUAUGAGGACCUUUGCUACCACAGCGUUCUUCAGAACCAACCGCUAAGCUCACGGCUGAGGUGUGUGUACGUCCGGACCAGCCCCCAGCUCUACCUCAGUCCGGCUAAACUGGAGGUGCUUCGUGAGAGGGACCCGGAGAUAGCCCUGGUUCAUGACGUUAUCAGUGACGAGGAGGCUGCCAUGAUGAGAGAGUUGGCUUUCAGAGAGGAGGAGCAGGUAAAACACAUGAAGAAGCCAGGCAAUAGGAUUCUGACCUUCUUGAUUUAUUCGCUAACAAGUGGAUACUUGACCGUGGCAACGAGUUCAGAAGGCCCUGUGGUCUCACACCAGAGGAAUGAGGGCCUCAUACCGGCGUUUCAAUACUGGCCGGUGCCUGCAUAG